AUGAGAUUCUUUACCACAGUUGUCUCAGCUUUUUCCGUCGUGAGCUUGGCUCAGGCUCAAUACAUUAGUCCCGUGUCGGACGAAUUGGCUUUGGAAGUUGCUCCGCUUGCUGUAAGAGAGUUGGCCAGGAUCCAAGAAAGAGACUUGCUCCUGUUUCAAGAGAGGGACUUGCUUUCCACUGUUGAAGGGUUGGUUUCUGAUGUCAAUUGGACUUCGAUCAUUGAUUCCAUCGACGUUGAAGGGAUUGCUGGCUGGGUCAACAACUUGUUGACCGAGAACAACAACGUGCAAUACUUGGACUACCUUUUAGACUUUUUGGGAAACACUAACUUGGUACCCGCCGCCGUUAGUUUUCUCCUUUCCAACGACGAAACAAGACCCAUUGUUGGAGAUGUUGUUCUUGGUUUGUUGGCAGCCGGUUCUGUGUUCAAUGUCACCCCCGUGUUUGUUGCGUUGAAGAACUCCGGCUUGCUUUAUGCCAUCAUUGCUGACUUGAUUGAGAACCCAAAUACUUUGCCAUUUGUCGUCCAAGUGCUUAAGGAUACCGUGGGCGGUGUAUUUUCAGAGUUUUUCCCUUCAACCGGCACCACCGUGAAGGCCACCGCAGUUGUCACUGGCGCUGUGGGCACCAAUACCAUCUCCACUGCAAUCACCACACCUGUUGCUACCCUCAGAAGUGCCGCCGCCACUCCUGCUGCUGCCAGUGUUGGUGCAAACUCAGCUCCUGCUCCCGUGGGUGGAUUGUCUUAUUUUGGACCACAACAAGGUUCAGUUGAUCCCAAUGCUAUAAACACUGCCAGUAUUGCCAACUUGAUCUCAGCUGCUAGUGCUCAACAAGCCAAUGGCGGCACUGGUGCUCCUGCUCAAACUAUUCGUGCCACCACCACCCAAGUUGCUCAAACUAGUGUUGCGCUUAGUGUUGGUGCUGCCACAACUCAAAAAGUCGUCACCACUGCUGCUCCCGUGACCAACGCUGGCGGUUCAGGCUUUGUUGGUACUUACAACUUGGCUACAAUCACUGGCCCUGCGUUCCAAUCAUUGCCACCAUCCCAAUUCGGCCAAGGCCCCACCAGCAUCAACUACUCUGCUUUGAAUCAGCUCACUGCUGCUUUGGGUGGUGGCUCACAAAAGAGAGACACCAAUGACGCUGUUGCCGAAGCUUUGAAAGAGAUGAGAAAGAGGCAACAGGAAAAUGACGAAGUCGAGGAGGCUUUGAAGAAGAUGAAGAGAGACAACAUUGAAGACUUGUUGACCACCAUCUUCUCCUCGAUUGUGAGAUCCAACUUGCUCAACACCACCAUCCAGUACUUGGUCACCGACCCUAAAUUUGAACAAUCGGUUGUCUUGAUUUUGCAAGGUGUCUUUGAAGACAUUGCCUCAUCUUUGGGCUACUUUUUCACCAGCUCCAACAGCACCAGUUCCUCAAGCGGCUUUUCGCUUGCCGAUUUGGCCUUGCUCGAGCCAUUGGUGAGCGCGUUAUUGGACUCGGGAUUAUUGACAGAUAUCAUUACUCGUGCGUUCAACGAUCAAGCACUUCAAAAUGCAUUAUACAGAGACCUCCAGCAGAUUCUUAAAAAGAGAGAUUUGGUUGCUAGAGACGAAACCCCAUUUGUUCUUGCGUCUCAGUCACCAGCCGUUUCAUCAGUCGCCAUUUUCACAGUGGAUGCUGCUAACGUUGGAUCAUCCCCAUCCCUCAACUUGAUUCCCGGGGCCAUUGCUGCACUUGGUUUGUCUGCCUUGAUGUUGUGA